AUGUCGUGUCCUGGAAUCAACACCACCAUUAACGCCGCCCCAUCCUCUACCAACAUUCUAAACCUCACCGACACUGCCUUCCUCGAUUCCUUCAUCCCCGGAUACUCGAUUUUAUCUCGCUUUCUAGCAUCGUACCUCCACAUUGACCUAUCGUCUUAUCUACCCCUCAUUCUCGCCGCCACGGUUGCGGCCGCCUCGCUGCCCUAUGGCGUCGGCUGGCUGAGGCAAUUCUCAGGGCAGUACCUCACAUCGACAGCGGAGAUCCGCCUCGACGAUGAGAUCUACAACUACCUCAUGUUCUGGAUGGCGCAGCAGCCGUUCACCACGCGCACGAUACACUUCGUCGCGGGGACCAGGAUCAGCAGCAGUGUGCGAUGGUGGGACUCGGAUGACGAGGGCGCCUCAGGCGACGACGACGACGACGACACCGACGAUGACGACGGCGAUGACAUCUUCGACGGCGACAGCGAUGGGAAACGGACCAACAUACUGACCAGUUUUGACCAGCACUGGGCCAGGGUCAUGAGCAAGGAUAAGUACCGCCCGCUCCGCUUCACCCCCGCCGAGGGCUCGCACUAUUUCUGGUUUCGCGGGCACCUGCUGGCUUUCAUCCGCGAGCGCCAGGAAGGCAAGGGUGGAGGGUUCAAUCUGAUGCCGGAGCGGCUGUACAUCUCGUGUCUGGGGCGCAACCCGACGAUCCUCAAGGAGCUGCUGGCGGAGGCGCAGCGGGCGUACGUGGCGCGCGACGGCAACCGCACGAUCAUCUACCGCGGGCAGAAGAACGGGAUGAGCGAUUUCAACUGGGUGCGGUGCAUGGCGCGGCCGCCGCGCCCGCUGUCGACCGUCGUGCUGGCCGAGGCGCAGAAGCAGGCAUUCGUCGACGAUCUGAAGGAGUAUCUGCACCCGCGCACGCGGCGCUGGUACUCGAACCGCGGCAUUCCGUACCGCCGGGGAUAUCUGCUCCAUGGCCCACCGGGGACGGGAAAGACGAGCCUCUGCUUCGCGGCGUCGGGACUGCUAGGCCUGACGCUGUAUCUGCUGAGCUUGAACUCGAAGACGCUGGACGAGGACAGUCUCAUGUCGCUGUUCGCAGAGCUGCCGCGGCGCUGCAUCGUGCUCCUUGAGGACGUGGAUAGCGCGGGGAUCACGCAGAAGCGCGCGGAGGAGGAUACCGCUGCUGCCUCGGACGCCGCCGCGGGGACGAACUCCGCGGACAAGAAGGACAAGCCCAACGGUACGGAGGACCAGAAAUCCGACACCUCGUCCGGCAAGGGCAUUUCGCUCUCCGCGCUGCUCAACGUCAUCGACGGUGUCGCCGCCAGCGAGGGUCGCGUCCUCAUCAUGACCACCAACCACGCGGAGAAGCUGGACCCCGCGCUGCUGCGGCCCGGGCGUGUCGAUAUGAGCAUCGAGUUCGGGUACGCCGACCGCGAGGCCAUGCGCGACCUUUUCACUGCCAUCUACAGCGUGCUCGAGGGUGAUUUGCGCACAGCCAAGGGGAGGGUGGCGCGCCCGGCUCCUCGGCAGGUGAAGGAGAAGGAAGAUUCUUCGGUCAUGGCUGACCAAAAACGGAAGCGCAUCACGGACCUGGCGGAUGAGUUUGCCUCGCGUAUUCCGGAGGGCGAGUUCACUGCCGCAGAGAUCCAGGGCCAUCUGCUCAACUAUAAGAAUGAGCCGGAGGCUGCCAUUAAGACCGUCGAGCAGUGGGUGGCCAGUAUUAGGGAGAAGCGCAAGGAAUUGGAACAGCAAUAA